GUGCCUACCUUCACACAUAAGCGGCAGGGCACUCCGGUCCACCAGAGCGCACAGACCUACACAUACACACACACCUAAAACACUUGUCACAUCCACAAAGCAACACACACAUUGCACACACACAUACACACACUCCCACCUACAAGGUACCCUGUGCGACCUCUCACCACUGGUCAAGUCCCAGAGUCCUCAGCAUCUCCAUCACGGCUGAAGGGACCAUUUGGAAAGCAGGAGACGAGGUGGGUUAUGAGGAUGUUAGUGCGGCUCGUGUUGGGACUUUUUGUCCUCAAAGCAGUGUCAGCCAAUCCCAGGUUUUCCCGGCAAUUGGACUUGUACGACAACGGUAACUAUGGCGUUGAGGAGGACAACUUUGAAGACACCUACGAUUAUGACGAUGGGCUGACUGUUGAUGAGUCUGAGACAGAGACUGAAACACAGAAUGAAUUGGACUAUAACUACCCACCAGAGGACUUGUACGAAGAGGAGAAAGUUGAAGAGGAGGAGGAAGCAGCAGAAGAGCAUGUAGAGGAGGAAGGAGAAGAGCAUGUAGAGGAGGAGGAAGAAGUAGUAGAGCAUGUAGAAGAAGAGGAAGAGGAGCUGCCACUAAAACCCCAACUUGUCCCGCAGGGUUCUGGGGGCUCUGGUGUUCUCAUGGGCCCAGAAACACAAAAAGGCAUGCCCGUCUGCUUGCUGUGCACUUGCCUCGGUGGUUCGGUCUACUGUGACGACAUGAAGCUGGACGGUGUUCCACCUCUGCCAAAAGACACCACUCACUUCUACGCCCGCUACAACAAAAUCACAAAGAUCAACAAGUCCGACUUCGCCAACCUGAGCAAACUGAAGAGGAUCGACCUGACUGCGAACGAGAUCACGUCCAUCGAUGACGGAGCUUUCAUGGGUCUACCUGAGCUGGAGGAGCUGAUCGUCAGAGAAAAUCACAUUCGGCAGCUGCCGGCGCUCCCAGAGACCAUGACGCUGAUCGAUGCCAGCCACAACGACGUUGACUCAAAGGGUAUUCAUAAAGAGGCCUUCAAAGACAUGACUGCGCUGUUGUACUUGUACCUAACAGACAACAACAUCGACUACAUCCCAGUGCCUUUACCAGACAGCCUGCGCUCUUUACAUCUACAGCGGAACAACAUUCAGAUGAUGCACGAAGACACCUUCUGCAACCUGAAUGACUUUAACUACAUCCGGAACGCACUGGAGGACAUCCGUCUGGAUGGCAACCCCAUCAAUCUCAGCAAGACUCCGCAGGCGUACAUCUGCCUGCCUCGUAUACCCAUCGGGAAUCUCAUUUAACCAACACAGACUUACACGUAUUUGUACAUACUGACACACAGACUUCAAAUGGGCUCACUACUCAAACCAGAUAUCAGUGUCAACUUCCUGUCAACUCACGUUGCUACAUAAAUCUGUGUGUAAACUCUGGUUUUAUUAUCAACAAAACACCACCAUUACAGCCGAGAUCCUGACAACCAUGCACAUAUGCACUGCUCUACCUUCUGCCUGAUCUUCAGACGAUUUGUCUCGAACACAGCAGCACACGUUAAAAAAUAUCAAAAGCAGACGCACGAGAAAUCCCUCAAACUUCUCCGCAACGUGACGAGAAGUUCUCUGUGUUCAGUCUUUUUACAACUCGCAUCUGAGAACCAACUGGUGACAUACUGUUUAAAUAUGUUGUAAAAAAAAUAAUAAAUGUUAAGAUUAAAGACUAAUCUAACACUUCUGACAAUGUAUACUAGAAUAAAUCUAUUGAAGCUGGAGCUUUAUGAAAGGUAAAAAUGAAUAUCCAAUACAAUAAAAGACGCAUUUAAACACAA